AUGUCUUCACAUUCAUUCCCCACGCUUGGAGAACCGAAAUAUGAACCCUCCGCUUUUAACCCAUCCUUACCACUUUCAAAAGGCCCCAAUGACAUCAACAAACGCAGAAUUCUGCUAGUCUACAUCCACGGUUUCAUGGGCUCUGAAGCCAGUUUUUAUAAAUUUCCAGCACAUGUCCAUGAGUCAUUGAUGAAUGUUCUUGGGGAAUCGCACAUUAUAUACACCCGAAUUUAUCCCCGAUACAAAUGUCGCGGCGAGAUGAAGUCUGCCAUUGACCAACUGAGCACUUGGCUGUCGCCUCAUGAAGCCUCCGAUCUUGAUAUCAUUCUGCUCGGGCACUCGAUUGGCGGUGCUCUCGCUGCCGGAUUAGCACUACUACAAGAUACCGCCCAACCGUCCAGAUACCUCAAACAUCGCAUCAUGGGCCUGGUCAAUUUCGAUGUACCAUUCCUAGGACUACAUCCAUAUGUGAUCCCAUGUGGUAUUCGGAGCUUGUUCCGAAGGAAAAACAACACAAUUGAAAAUAUACCGAAAGCCAGCCAAGGACUAGAGGAGAUGGAUGUGGCAUACCUUCCCAUCGUGACCAAUCCCAACUUCGACCCUGCAUUCAGUAAUGACGUGCGGCUAAUAGAGCGCGGAAGUUUGCACGGUGUGAUGCACUUCCUUCGCAAGAACAUGCGCCACCUACCAAGCUCGAUAUUUGACAGUGUUAUGUCAUAUUACAAUUUCCCGGGCUACUUGAAUAGACUACCCCAUCUGCGUGGCCGGUAUAAGGACUUGAUGCAGUUGGAAGCUGGUGAAUUUGCGGCGAAUCGAGUGCGGUUUGUGAACUAUUACACAGAAAGUACUGGUCACGCGAAGACAAAAGAGAAAACAGACACUCCACAUGAAAAUGUAUACCAAAUUGACAACCGCAGCACUCUAUACGCUGGGUCAUCACUGGACAGUCGGAGUGACCUCGAUGAGUUAAGGCAACAGGUGUCACAGUCAAAAAGUUCAACUCUAACAACAACUCUGAUUGAGUGGCAACUAUCCGGUUUCUCUCCGGCUACCAGCUUUGAUUCCUCUACAAAGCACAAUAUUUCUGAAAUAUUCUCCAAUAAUUCUUUGCCCCCUUCAUCCAAUCAUAAGUCCAAAGCUCAGACCAAGUUUGAUGAGAAAAGGACUCGCACUUUUGUUUUGAAGCCAUCUCAUCACUGGAAAAAUGGUGAUGAUUCCCUCUGGAUACCCGUACGGAUGAAAGACAUGGACGAGGUUGAAGCACAUCAGUCCAUGUUUCUUCCACAAACUGAGAUAUACGAUCAGCUAGUUGGGGAUACCGUGACCAAAAUUGAACAGUGGGUGCAGGACGAAAUGAGCGAGCACAAGACCCAACAAGAGACCCGAUAA